AAAAGGCAACAAUCUUCCAAAAAAAACUUUUUACCUAGUCAUCACUGUCAUAUGACAAACGAAAAACCUUACAGGUUAUGAAGAAUAUGAACAACUGAAUCACAAAUAUGUAUCUGUUUUCUAUGAAAUCUGCUGUUCAAAGUUUUAUUUUAUUUAUCUUUUGUAUCUUUCUUUCAUGUUCAGCAAAAAAUACAAAUAGAGUGUUGCUUAUUUCAUUUGAUGGGUUUAGAUGGGACUAUAUCCAUAGAGCAAACAAUCUGACCAAUUUUCAUAGAAUGAUCAGUGAUGGCGGAUGGGCUGUCAAAGGAAUAAAAAAUACAUUCUUGACUAAAACACUUCCUAAUCAUUACACAAUUGCUACAGGCCUGUAUGAAGAAAGUCAUGGCAUUGUGGGAAACAUAAUGUAUGAUCCCGUACUCAAUUCAACAUUCCAUGGUUGGCUGGACAAAGAUGCACGAGAUUCAAGGUGGUGGGAUAAUGGUGGUGAACCCAUAUGGGUAACAAAUCAAAAACAAGACACACAGCACCGCUCGGGGGUUUUAGCCUGGCCAGGUGGUCUAGCGGUAGUGAAAGGGGUUUUAGCAUACAGAACUGAAUCAGCAUUUGAUGGUCUGACUAAGAAAGAAAGAGUGGAUAAAAUCAUUGAAUGGUUCACUGAUGAAUAUCCAAUAAAUCUAGGGCUAUAUUAUGAAGAAGAGCCAGAUCAUACUGGACAUUUGUUUGGACCUGAUUCUAAAGAAGUUCUUAGCAUGAUAUUUGAGCUAGAUAGUUUACUUGGAUACUUCUUUGACAAGUUGGAAGACAAUGAUUUACUAAAAACUACAAAUAUUAUUCUUACUAGUGAUCACGGUAUGACGUCAACACCAUUGGAUGCAGAGCAUAAAAUCAAUUUAGAUGAUUAUGUUAGAGUGGAUUCUUACAGUAUAACUUCAAAGAAUCCUGUGGCUGGUAUAGACAUAAUACCUGCAUCAAAAGAAUUGGAAGAUGAAGUCUUCAAGAAUUUAUCACGCAUUCCACAUGCACAUGUGUAUCGUACCAAGGACAUUCCCAGACAGUAUCAUUAUGGAAAUAAUCGCAGAAUUCCGAUGAUUAUUGUAGAACCAGAAGAACAUUACUGGAUAUCAUUCAAUGGAUCAGCUGGAGUUCUUGGAGAGCAUGGUUACAACAACAGUCUUGCCAGUAUGCAUCCAUUCUUCAUUGCUAUGGGUCCAGACUUCAAGCCAGGAGCUAAAGUAGAUACAUUUAACAAUGUAGACAUAUACCCACUGAUGUGUACAUUGUUGGGUUUGAAGCCAGCUCCAAACAAUGGCUCAUUAGACGUAGUGUCACAGCUUUUAAUAGAUAGAGAAGGGUCAGAUUCUACAACAUUUGGUGCCUAUAUUCUGAUACUGUUACUUAUUGCGUUAGUAGGCGGACUUUUCAGUGUGGCAGCGUGUCAGGUACACAGACAACACAAACGUCAAUUACGUUCAAUCUCAAGCUUCUCAUUGCUGCACAGUUUUCGAUAUUCCAAGUCGGAUAGAAUGCCGUUGAUGUCCGAUUCUUCAGAAGAGGAAUUUGGAGAUUCUUAGCAUUUAUUGAUUUUCUCGAAAUAGUGUGUUAAAUAUUUCCUGACAGAACAAUACUUUUUUUUAACACUGUUUUUGGCUAAGUAUUCUACCUUACAGUGUUUCUCUUGUUGUAAAAUACACUUUUAAAAUCAAACCAUGGCAUUUCACAAAGCACCUACUUCAUAACUUACUGCAAAACAGUCCUAGUUUGUAUUAUCGUGCCACCCCUUGAGUUUGGUUUCCAAUCAAUGACUAGAGAACUUUUUGUCCGAUAGGAAUAAAACUUCAUGGGACGAUUCUGUAGAUGAUUGUGGGUUAGUUAGUCAAAGGUCAAAGUGACAUAAAUACCGAAAUAAAAAAUCAGGUUAACUGAACCUACAAUGGUCAAAUUUUGUAUGCCAUUGGUCAGUAGACAACCUAUAUCUUUUGAGGAUAAAAUAGGUCAGGGGUCAAGGUUUUAGAAUAAUUGCUUAUGGUCACUAGAUGACGCUUAUUGUUAAAAGUGAUCAGUUGGUGAAAGGGCAAGGUCACUAUGGUCUGUGGACUGAAAACUAUUUGCAGUGACUGACUGGAGUAUGUUCUCAUUUUAGGGUCAUUAGGUCAAAUGUCAGGUUGACAUUGACCUUUUGGCUAAGAGUUUCUGAUCAGUGCCUUGAAAAUGUUUUGCCUGGGAACUAUUGUACAACAUUGCAAUAUGUCUUGGCCAGUAAAUGACCUGUAUUGUCGUUGGGUAAGGGGGAAAAAGGUCCAGGUGACAGUUACCUUAAAAGUAAAUAUGUUCUGUGAUCUUUAACUGGAAAUGGCAUGGACUUAAGGUCAUUAAACUGCAUGGCAAGAUUGUUUAUGGGCAUAUGCCCCCUGUUCAGGUCACAAAAUACUUGAAGCUGAAUAUUACACAUGUGUUUACAUAUCAUAGGCCCACAUACAGUUCUUUGUAUACCUUGGCAAAAAAUGGUACUAGCAUGAGUCCAACUGUUCUGCAGUAAUUUGUUGUUUUUAGGAACAUUUUCUACAGCAUAAAAUAUAAGCGUAGCAUUUUCUACAUUUAACAUAGUUCUUGCAUAUAGAGGCUAUUUACAUUAUUUAUUUCAUUGCUAGAUUGUUUAUUUAUUAAUUUUUUGUUUAAAUUACAAUAAUAUUAUUUACAUUUUAAGCUUGACUUUUGCACUUGCCCAUUCUUCCCUGUCUGAGUCCCACAACCACUUUUGGGAAUGGAUUGAAACUUCACAACACUUGUUCACUGUGAAGAGGUCAGACUUCACUUCACAGGUUUGAUAAAUCUGUUUUACAUUAUCAGAGAGUUAUGCUCCUUUUUAGACUUAGCAGUGUUUGAUUAAGUGUUGUGUGUAAGUUGGUAUCUUAGAUUCCACUGAAGGGAAUUGAUUGAAACUUCACACACUUGGUCACUGUGAUGAUCUGGGAUGCAUUGUGCAGGUUCCAAAACUUUUUCACAUUUUUACCAACUUGUGUCUGUUUUUUGACAUAAAUAUUUUUGGUUAAGUAUUUGUUUAUAAGCUGUUAUUUCAGUAGUGGCAUGUGGGAGUUGUUUGACUCGCAGGACAUAGGUCCUAUAACUGUUUCACUUCUUUCACAAAGAUAUGCCUCUUUUUCAACUUAGAAAUAUCUUUUGUGUAAUCUCUUAUCUUGUUAAGUGCCAUAGAAAGAGAAAGUUAAGUUCUACAACUCAGAGUUGUUUCCCUUUGUUACUUGUUUAUGUCUGUGUUUCCAUUAUUUUAAAUUUCAUACUGAUAAGGCUUUUGAAAAGUUGAUAUUGCUGUCUUCUGACAGCUCUUUUUUUCUUUUGGUAAUUUGAUUUAUUUUAUUUAUUACUUUGUCAUAACUCGUAUUUUUUUGUCAUCAUGCACAUAUUACUUUUACAUCAUAGACAUAAUGGGUGUAUUCAGUUUAAUGUGUCUGUAUUAUGUUUACAGUAUGCAAAAGAUAUAUUUUGUUGUAUGAUAUCAUAAAAAAAAUACCGGUACACUGUCAUUCUUAAAUGCCGUAUCUGCGUGUUCAUGACAUGGUAAAGUUGAUGCUAUUUAUACCGAAUUUUUAAAUAGCGAUGAAAUCAAAUAAAACGAAAAGAUACCGGUAGCAAAAGUUAGACAUCAUAAAGCAAAAAAGUUCUUUGAAUAUUAGUGUAAUUAAAAGAGUUAACCUGUGUUUUAUUUAUGUACAAUGACUUUCAAUGAAAUUCAAAGUUAACUCCUGUUUUAUUUAUGUACAUAAUGAUAUUUAUGCAUAUCUUUUUAAUUCAUAUACAACAGUGUAUACCGUAGUCAGUGAAAGCCUUAAAAUAUGUUUUGUCGUGUACAUAAUGACUUUUAAAGUAAUUCAUUUAAUGACAUGUCCUUAAAAAUUACAAAUAUUGGUGUGUGCAGUUCCUUCGAAGUGGCGUUCCUUCAGAUAAACAGCAAAUUGAAAGUCAAAACAUCAAAUUUCAGUUUAGACAGUAUAUUUGAAUGAAAAUAAAAUCCUUUUGUUUGACAUUAUGAUUGUACAUGUUGAAUUUUACCUAAUGUCUGGUCCUAAAAUACUGCACAAACUUUGACAUCCGGAGGUUCAAUUUAAGAAAAAGUAGAUUUCAUUCUGUAGGUAUACAGCUUUAAAGUAGAUUAGAUUUUCAGUAUUGUUAUGAUAAUUAUGUCUCCCCAACUCUGGGGGAAACAUAUUGUUUUUGCCCUGUCCGUCCGUCCGUCAAACUUCAUUUCUGAGCAAUAACUGGAGAACCAUUUGAUCUAGAACCUUCAAACUUCAUAGGUUGGUAGGGCUUAUUGAGGAGACGACCCCUAUUGUUUUUGGGGUCACUCCAUCAAAGGUCAUGGUCACAGGGGCCUGAACAUGGAAAACCAUUUCCGAUCAAUAACUUGAGCACGACUUUACCCAGAAUGUUGAAACUUCAUAGGAUGAUUGGUCAUGCAGAGUAGAUGACCCCUAUUGAUUUUGGGGUCACUCUGUUGAAGGUCAAGGUCACAGGGGCCUGAACAUUGAAAACCAUUUCCAGUCAGUAACUUGAGAACCACUUGACCCAGAAUGUUGAAACUUAAUAGGAUGAUUGGUCAAGCAGAGUAGAUGACCCCUAUUGAUUUUGGGGUCACUGUUAAAGGUCAAGGUCACAGGGGCCUGAACAUCAAAAACCAUUUCCAAUCAAUAACUUGAGAACCUCUCGACCCAGAAAGUUGAAACUUCAUUGGAUGAUUGUACCUGCAGAGUAAAUGACCCUAUUUGUUUUUGGGGUCACUCCAUUAAAGGUCAAGGUCACAGGGGCCUGAACAUAACUGAUAACUAUUUCCGAUCAAUAACUUGAGAACCUCUUGACCCAGAAUGUUGAAACUUCAUAGGAUGAUUGAACAUGCAGAGUAGAUGACCCCUAUCGAAUUUGGGGGUCACUGUUAAAGGUCAAGGUCACAGGAGCCUGAACAUGGAAAACAAUUUCCGAUCAAUAACUUCAGAACCACUUGACCCAGAAUGUUGAAACUUCAUAGGAUGAUUGAACAUGCAGAGUAGAUGACCCCUACUGAUUUUUGGGUCAGUCUAUUAAAGGUCAAGGUCACAGGAGCCUGGUCAUGUAAAAUCAUUUCCGGAAAAUAACUUGAGAACCACUUGACCUAGAAUGUUGAAACUUAAUAGGAUGAUUGGACAUGCAGAGUAGAUUACCUCUAUUUAUUUUGGGGUCACUUGAUCAAAGGUCAAGGUCACAGGAGCCUGAACAGUGACUUGAGAACCACUAGGCCAAGAGUGUUGAAACUUAGUGGAAUGACUGGACAUGCCAAGUAGAUGAUCCCUAUUGCAGCCAACCAUCAGUGUCUCUUUGACUUUCGCUCCUGACCCCUAUUGACUUCUUGCCUAUAGAACUUUGCAUUGGGGGAGACAUGCGCUUUUUUACAAAAGCAAUUUCUAGUAUUGUUGUUUGGUACUGUAACAAACUGUUAGAUAUUUUUAAUGAAUUGUGAUACAUUUUGCUCAAGUAUUUACCCAUAUAUGCUUGAAAUAUAUGCGUGUAACAAGUUCUAACAUUCCUUACAAAAUCUUUUGAAUGUUUAUAUUUUGAAGUUGGAAAUUUGAAUAAUGAAAUUGUUAUAUUAUCUUAUCUUUUGUGUGCACAUGGCCUAAAUAAGCUUUUGUCAUUUUGUAUUCAUUUAUACAAUUUUGUAUCAAAAUUGUGCAAAAUUCAUAUUUUGUGAGGACUAAUUUUCCUGGAUUUUUGUUGUGUCUUCCUAGUACGGAUCUCUUUUAAGGGCCUUCAUUUAAAUGAGUAAGGUAGACCACUUUUUAAAAGCAACAGGUGAUACAAAAAUGAAAAAUCUUUAAACCUCUGCUCUUGUUCUCUGUCAGGUGCAGAUAUAGUAUUGUGUUCUUAUUUAGUUCUCUAUCAGAUAUUAAACUUGUGCAAUUAAAAGGGUUUGUAUUUUAGAAAUGAUAAAAUGUACUCCUAUUUUUUAUCAUUGGAAAAAAUGUAGGCAGGAGUUUGGAUAAGAAUAAUCAAAUCACGUGUGUAUAGCACAAGUGAAAGGCACAAGUAUUAAAUUAGGGGUGUAUAGCACGAGCAUGUAGCACAAGUAUAUAGUACAAGUGCAUAGCAUAGCAGAUUGACUUAUUUCUUCUCAUCUGAACAACUACCUGUGCUUUAUUCACUGCUAAAAAUAAAGGAACACAUUCAUUUUUAGCUCAUCUGAUUUUUUGAAAAAAAAUGAUGAGUUAUUGUCAUCACUUGAUCGGCGUCGAUGUCGGCGUCGGCGUUGCCUGGUUAAGUUUUAUGUUUAGGUCAGCUUUUCUCCUUAACUAUCAAAGCUAUUGCUUUGAAACUUGCAACACUUGUUCACCAUCAUAAGCUGACCCUGUACAUCAAGAAACGUAACUCCAUCCUGCUUUUUUCAAGGAUUAUUGCCCCUUUUGGACUUAGAAAAUCAUAUUUCUUGGUUAAGUUUAGGUCAGCUUUUCUCAUUAACUAUCAAAGCUAUUGCUUUAAAACUUGCAACACCAUAAUAAGCUGACCAUGUACAGCAAGAAACAUAACUCUAUCCUACUUUUUGCAAGAAUUAUGGCCCCUGUUGGAAAAUAUCAGAUUUAUUGGUUAAGUUUUAUGUUUAGGUCAGCUUUUCUCCUAAACUAUUCAAGCUAUUGCUUUGAAACUUGCAACGCUUGUUCACCAUUAUAAGCUGACUCUCUACAUCAAGAAACAUAACUCCAUUCUGCUUUUUGCAAGAAAUAUGGCCCUUUUUGGACUUAGAAAAUCAUGAGUAGGACACUUUUUCUAUUAUACAAACAAAAUCAGAUGAGCGUCAGCACCCGGAAGGCAGUGCUCUUGUUUCAAUUCUAAUUACACAAAAUUUGGCUGUUGAACAAUAUUUUUGGUUUCCGUCCAUAGACUGCUAUAUUUCACACCCUUAUUGGUAAACAUAAGAUAACAUAAUAUAUAGGUAUUUAUGAAAAAAAAAUUGACCGAAACAAGCAGAACUACCUUAAGGUAUUAGAUCACUAAUAGUAAUGUUUUCAAAAUGGCCUUUGCUUGGUAUAUUCUGAAAGGUAACUGUGUUUUGCACUAUUUUGCAAUUUUUAAACAACUUUUACCGUGCCGUUUUUUAGGUUACCUGUCACAAAGUGACAAGGUGAGCUUUUGUGAUUGCGCGGUGUCCGUCGUCCGUCCGUGCGUCCGUAAACUUUUGCUUGUGACCACUCUAGAGGUCACAUUUUUCAUGGGAUCUUUAUGAAAGUUGGUCAGAAUGUUCAUCUUGAUGAUAUCUAGGUCAAGUUCGAAAUUGGGUCACGUGCCAUCAAAAACUAGGUCAGUAGGUCUAAAAAUAGAAAAACCUUGUGACCUCUCUAGAGGCCAUAUAUUUCACAAGAUCUUCAUGAAAAUUGGUCAGAAUGUUCACCUUGAUGAUAUCUAGGUCAGGUUCGAAACUGGGUCACGUGGGGUCAAAAACUAGAUCAGUAGGUCUAAAAAUAGAAAAACCUUGUGACCUCUCUAGAGGCCAUAUUUUUCAUGAGAUCUUCAUGGAUAUUGGUCAGAAUGUUUAUCUUGAUGAUAUCUAGGUCAAGUUCGAAACUGGGUCACGUAGGGUCAAAAACUAGGUCAUUAGGUCUAAAAAUAGAAAAACCUUAUGACCUCUCUAGAGGCCAUAUUUCUCAAUGCAUCUUCAUGAAAAUUGGUCAGAAUGUUCAUCUUGAUGAUAUCUAGGUCAAGUUCGAAACUGGGUCACGUGGGGUUAAAAACUAGGUCAGUAGAUCUAAAAAUAGAAAAACCUUGUGACCUCUCUAGAGGCCAUAUUUUUCAUGAGAUCUUCAUGAUUAUUGGUCAGAAUGUUCACCUUGAAGAUAUCUAGGUCAGGUUCGAAACUGGGUCAUGUGGGGUCAAAAACUAGGUCAGUAGAUCUAAAAAUAGAAAAACCUUGUGACCUCUCUAGUGGCCAUAUUUCUUAAUGGAUCUUCAUGAAAAUUGGUGAGAAUGUUCACCUUGAUGAUAUCUAGGUCAAGUUUAAAAGUGGGUCACAUGCCUUCAAAAACUAGGUCAUUAGGUCAAAUAAUAGAAAAACCUUGUGACCUCUCUAGAGGCCAUAUUUUUCAAUGGAUCUUCAUGAAAAUUUGUCAGAAUUUUUUAUCUUGAUGUUAUCUAGGUCACAUAUGCUCAAAAACUAGGUCACUGUGUCAAAUAAUAGAAAUAACGAUGUCAUACUCAGUUGAACACUGGGUCAUGUGGAGAUAGGUGAGCGAUUCAGGACCAUCAUGGUCCUCUUGUUAUAAAUUUUGUAUAACUUGUGGUAUCUCCUCAAGCUCAAGUAGAGACAAAUUUCAAAGUGGUGGCCACUAUCCAAAACGUUUGCAGAGAACUGAUUUUACCAUUAAUUUUAAUGAAAGAAACAUCAGACUAUUGGUAAACAAUUAUAAAACACAAAAUAAAAAUGUAAAUAUCAUUUUUUCUAUGGUGCCUCAAGUAAACGGAUUUAAUGAGACAGAAUUCAUACUUCAACAUUGAAAAAAUAAGGUCGAAUGCUGUGUUUCUGCUUUGAAUUUUACUUACUGCAUUAAAAAAUAACCUUAGGGUAGAAGUAAGCCCUACCUAAAUUUCUUCCACAAUAUAUAAUCUAAGAAUGAAAGCAAAAUAGAGAACUUUCACCGCAUGUAAAUCAAUAUUUUUAAAGAUGUGUAACUCUACCCCUUCUGUUUAAGUAGUAAAUUCACUUUUAACACCAAGAAAUUGCUUAUAAGAUUCAUCUUUUUCCAUUUUUAGCUCAACUAUACGAAGUAUAAGGAGAGCUAUCCUUCUUGCCCCAGCGUUGGCGUCGGCGUCUUUCUGCGUCCCCACCUUGGUUAAAGUUUUGGUGCACUUUCUCUUUUUUCAACUUAUCUCUGUAAUUACUUGAUGAAUUUGAUUCAAAGUUGAAAAACUUAUUCCUCAUCAUCAUCCACAUCAUCUGACAUAAGGGCCAUAACACUGGCACCAAUAUUUCAUGCAUUAUCCCCCCUUUUCACUUAGGAUUUCAGGUUAAAGUUUUGAUGCACUUUCACUCUAUCUCUGUUAUUACUGAAUGGAUUUGAUUCAAACUUAAAAUAGUUGUUCAACAUCAUCACCCACAUCAUAUGACACAAGGUGCAUAACUCUGGCACCAUUUUUUCAUGAAUUAUUCCCCCUUUUUACUUAGAAUUUCAGGUUAAAGUUUUGGUGCACUUUCACUCUACCUCUGUUAUUACUGAAUGGAUUUGAUUCAAAUUUAAAAUAGUUGUUCAGCAUUAUCGCCCACAUCAUAUGACACAAGAUGCAUAACUCUGGCACAAUUUUUCAUGAAUUAUUCCCUUUUUAGUUAGAAUUUCAGGUUGAAGUUUUAUGCACUUUCAGUCUAUCUCUGUUAUUACUGAAUGGAUCUAAUUCAAGCUUAAACAGUUGUUCAACAUCAUUACCCUUAUCACAUGACACAAAGUGCAUAACUCUGAGACCAAUUUUUCAUGAAUUAUUCCCCCUUUUUACUUAGAAUUUUAGGUUAAAGUUUUGAUGCACUUUCACUCUGUCUCUGUUAUUACUGAAUGGAUUUGAUUCAAACUUAAAAUAGUUGUUCAACAUCAUCACCCACACCAUAUGACACAAGGUGCAUAACUCUGGCACCAAUAUUUAAUGAAUUAUGCCCCUUUUUGCUUAGGAUAUACUUAUAUAGUGUUUUGAUACAUUUUAUCUUUACCUCUCAUUACUUUAAGUUGAUAUAUUUGACAUAGACUCAGGCUAUUGUGCAAUAUCUUCAUCCACAAUUGGAGUCAUUAAACACUCCAGUGACAGCUCUAGUUUCCUCAGAUGUGCACAGUUUCACUAUCCAGCAUCGAAAUAGUCGAGCCUGCUGUCUCCUGUGACAGCUCUUGUUGUACAAGAAAUCAGUAAUAAGUCUUGAAAGAAGUAAAAACUUGCUAGAAAAAAGAAAAAUAAGAAAAAAAAAAUUUGGUCCCAGUAGGGCUUGAACCUACGCACCCCUAAGAAUUGCAGUAAAAGUAGGUUUAUUGUAGGAAUUGAAUACUCUUCAAAAAGGAGGUUCUGUAUUAGUGAUCUAAUACCUUAACUUAUGAGUAACGUUACAAAGUUAUGACGUCAUGUUUUUAUGACAUCACUGAUUAAUAAUUCCUGAGCAAGUUUUGCUUAUUAGGAAUUUUGCAGAGAUCAAAAUGUAGUACAUGUAUAUAUAUUUAUUUUAUGCUAACUGAUGAAAUACUGUGUUUUAUCAGCGAGAUAUAAUCCAUAUCACUCACUGCAUAUCACUCACUGUAAAUGCUGAUCUACUUGUAUAGUGUGUAUAAAUUUUGAAUUAUUUGCUUAAAACAGGAUAAAAAUUGUAGUCGCACUUUGUUCCUUAUAAUAUAUUUCUUGAUUCAAAUUAUUUUACUUAAUGAGAAUUUCAUAAUGUUAUGCAGCAAGAAGUAAAAUAAAAUGAAACUUUAUGUUGUGUGCGUCUUUAACGUCUGACGUCAUGUUUGCUUACGCGCGGCUGUUUCCUGCGCUAACAUUAAAAUUUGUUGCAAAAUGCAUAUCUCAACAUAAUUAAGCAUAAAAUAAAAAGAAUUUUUUUUUGUUUUUCGUGAAUAUGGAAUAUAUCACACCUUAAAGUGGGAAAAUGUUUACAUUUUCACUCACACUACACGCUCGUGAAAAUAUUUGAAAUUUUCUCACUUCUCUGUGAGAUAUAUUCCAUAUUCACGAAAAACAAACAAAUAUCCUCUAUAUAUUACAGAGAACAAAAUAUAUUUUAUUUUAGACUGUUUUAGAUAAGGAUAGAUCUUUCGCAUUUAUGCCCUCUUGAGGAAGAGGAGGGUAUAUUGUUUGCUUAUGCAUGUCUGUUCAUUGGUCUGUAGACAAUUUUAUUUCCAGCCAGUAACUACUAGAAAACAUCUUAGGCUAAAAUUUGCGAGGCAUGAUAGGAUGAAUGUCUAUGGUCAGUAGAUGAUGUCAGUAGGUCAAAGGUCACAGCAUACCCGAGAUUAUCAGUUACACACCCAGUUACCAGGGACAUGUCUUUAUUGGUAGGGUGGCAUAUGUGUUUUACAUAUAGCUCUUAUACUCGUGUGAAGUUGUUUUAUUGAACAAAAGCUGUUUAGAGAUGGUAGUUCAACAGAUACUCUAUGCACUUUAUGUAAGUGUUUAUUUAUUCAAUGUAAGUGGGUAUUAAUUUGAUGUUCAGUGUGUGUAUCAUUUAAUUAAGUGAUGAAUCAGAGAUGGUUGUUCUACAGAUAUUCUGUGCACUUUAUGUAAGGGUUUAAUUAUUCAGUGUAAGGGAUUAAUUGUUCAAUGCAAAGGUUUAAUUAUUCAGCGUAAGUGGUUAACUAUUGUAUGUAGAUGAUAAAUUGUUUAUUGUGAGUAGUUUAUUGUUAGCUCGACUAUUCAUAGAAUAGUGAGCUAUUGCACUCGCCCAUGCGUCGGCGUCCGCGUCCGCGUCCCGAUUUUGGUUAAGGUUUUGUAUGUAAGCUGGUAUCUCAGUAACCACUUGUGGGAAUGGAUUGAAACUUCACACACUUAUUCACUGUGACAAACUGACUUACAUUGCACAGGUUCCAUAACUCUAUUUUGCUUUUUUACAAAAUUAUGCCCCUUUUUCGACUUAGAAAUUUUUGGUUAAGGUUUUGUAUGUAAGCUGGUAACUCAGUAACCACUUGUGGGAAUGGAUUGAAACUUCACACACUUAUUCACUGUGAUGAACUGAUCUACAUUGCACAGGUUCCAUAACUCUAUUUGCUUUUUUUACAAAAUUAUGCCCCUUUUUCGACUUAGAAAUUUUUGGUUAAGGUUUUGUAUGUUAGCUGGUAUCUCAGUACUUACUAAUGGGAAUGGAUUGAAACUUCACAUACUUGUUCACUAUCAUGAUCUGACAUGCACUAAGCAAGUCCCAUAACUCUACUCUCUUUUUUUUCAAAAUUAUGCCCCUUUUUCGACUUAGCAGUUUUUGGUUAAAUUUUUGUAUGUAAUCUGAUAUCUCAGUAUCCACUAAUUGGAAUGGAUUGAAACUUCACACACUUGUUCACUGUCAUGAUCUAACAUGCACUGUGAAGGUCCCAUAACUCUACUUGGCUUUUUACAAAAUUAUGCCCCUUUGACUUAGCAGUUUUUGUUAAGUUUUUGUAUGUAAGCUGGUAUCUCAGUAUCCACAAAUUGGAAAGGAUUGAAACUUCACACACUUGUUCACUGUCAUGAUAUGACAUGCAGUACAGAGGUUCAAUACCUCUACUUUGCAUUUUACAAAAUUAUGCCCCUUUUUCAACUUUUGUAUUCAUUCAAUUGACAAGGCUGUUGAAUAGUCGAGCGUUGCUGUCCUCUGACAGCUCUUGUUUGAUGAAAGUGGUUAUACAUGGUCUUUUAUUUAAUAAAAUAAAUGGGCUUUUUAAUAA